AUGGAGGAUUCCCUCCCAACCGACCUCCGCCUCCUAACUCUCAACUGCUGGGGCCUCAAGUACAUCUCCAAACUCCGCCCCGAGCGCCUUGCGGAAAUCGGCCGCCGCAUCGCUUCCCGCCCGGACCCGCCCCACGUCGUCGCCUUGCAGGAAUGCUGGGUGACGGCUGACUAUGAGGCCAUCCGCGCCGAGACCCGCCACAUCCUUCCCUACGGCAAGUUCUACUAUUCAGGUCCCUUCGGCGGCGGCCUCGCCAUCCUCUCCCGCUGGCCCCUCGAGGAGACCUCGAUGCUCCGGUACCCCCUCAAUGGCCGCCCCACCGCCUUUUGGCGCGGCGACUGGUACGUCGGGAAGGGCGUCGCCUGCGCCCGCAUCCGAAUCCGUCUCGCCGACCCUUCAUCAUCUUCUCCUUCUUCUUCGUCUUCUUCCUCCUCCUCCUCGGAGGCUGGCAGAGAACACAUCCUCAGCAUCUUCAACACCCAUACCCACGCUCCCUACACCGAGAACCAGCCCGGCGACACCUACCUCGCCCACCGCCUCUCUCAGUCCUGGGAGAUGUCCAAGCUCCUCCGCGCCGCCUCGGAACGCGGCCACCUCGCCCUCGCCAUGGGCGACUUCAACAUGCGGCCCCUGAGCCUCCCACACCGCAUCAUCACCGCCCAUGCCCCCGUCCACGACGCCUGGCGGACUCUGCACCCGGACUCGUCCCUCGGCGCCGCCGACGACCCGCUGGAGAGAGCCCGCGGCCGGCCCGUGCCGACGGCGGACUUCAAUCUCAAGGAGAACGGCGCCACUUCGGAUCACGCCUACAACACCUGGCGCUGGCCGAAGGAGCAGCAGAAGAAGCUGGGAGAGGGGCGCGACAAGAUCACGGUGCCGCCGGACACGCCGGAUAGGAAGGGGAAGCGCCUGGAUUACAUCUUCUUCGGCAGUGCGCCCCAGUCCCGUGAUGGCGACGGCGGUGGCGGCGGAACAUGGGUCGUCCGCAGCGCGCGCGUAGGCAUGGUCGAGCCUCAUCCCCAGCUGGGCUGUUCACUGAGUGACCACUUCUCCGUUGAGGUGACGCUGUCGUAUCGUCAACCCCGUCGCGAACCCGAGCAAGUCGGCAACGACGCCCUUCUAGAUGAGGCGUCCUAUCUCCAGGGCCCUUCAGGUAACUCCCGCCGAGACUCCUUCAUGUCCGCCAAUCCACUCGUCCCGCUCAAGGCAUUGUUUCUUCCCAUCCCGAUCUACGACGACAUACUCUCUGAGAUACGACACUACACUCAUCGAGAGGAGGGCCAACGACGCUGGCGGGCGAUACACUUUCUCGCCUGGUUCGCCGUGCUGAUAGCAUGUCUCAUCGCCGUGUGGUUCAGCCCGCAUAACUUCAUUUCCUUCAUCCUCAUGCUCCUGAGUAGUCUCGGUUUGGUUGCUGGCGUUGUCGACGGCCUCAUGUCACUCCUCUUUUUCAACUCAGAGCUUAGGGCUCUGAAAGAGUUUGAGUGGGAGAUCAGCAAUGCCAGAGAAUUAGCAGACGUCGAUUCUGGGGAGCUUGAGAGGGAAAAGUCAUUCUGA